ACAGAGAACAGGGCAGUAAAAACACAGUGUGAGCGCCUCCUACAGGCUGCAGUGUUCGUUACAUCGGGGUGUGUGACUAUCAUUUUAUAUUAUUUAUACUCUGUUUGUGCCGUAAAAUCAACGUGAACCUUCCCAUCAUGUUGGAAAAGAAAAUCCUCCCGUGUCUCGUCCUAUCAGGAUCUUACUUUGGCUUGUUACUAGGUAAAAAACAUGUUAGUGGCUCUGUGAUUGGUGGUCCAAUCAGCUGUAAUUCUGUAGAAACCAAUAAAACUAAAUGAAGCUACAAUCUGGAGCGACUGCACGAUACCAGCCCGACCCGACAGACCGGGGGUCGACGCCGCAGCUGGGACGCCUCCCACCGUCCCGACAGACCGUGGGGGCGACGCCGCAGCUGGGACGCCUCCCGCCGACCCGACAGACCGGGGGUCGACGCCGCAGCUGGGACGCCUCCCGCCGACCCGACAGACCGGGGGCCGACGCCGCAGCUGGGACGCCUCCCGCCGUCCCGACAGACCGGGGCCGGCGCCGCAGCUGGGACGCCUCCCGCCGUCCCGACAGACGAGCGGGUCACAAUUACGACAAAUUCCACCACGUGUUCACGGCGUUGACCAAUAGCAGCACAGAGCGCUCUUCAUCUGUAAAACGUGAUGAAGAGAACGAGGAAGGACGACGUUGGAGCAGUGAAACGGAGGAAAGGUCAAGCAGCACAGACGGCAGCGGAAACCGUUUCCAGGGGAAACUGAAAAGCGAUGCGCGGGCAGAUCCCUCUGAUCCUCCGAGAUCAGUGAAUCCAGAUCUUUCGUCAACCUGGAACCAGAUCCAAACCCCGUCCCCACACCAUGUACACGUGUGUGUAUUUCUAGGUAUGUUACAUAACCCUGUGUUCACUCUGUGUGUGUGUGUGUGUGUGUGUGUGUGUAGCAGAUUUAAGGUGGACCAGCUGCUGUUACACUGAUCAGACACACAUGCACAGCACUGCAGCAGCUAAAUAUAACUUUAACAGAGUCCUACACACACACACACACACACACACACACACACAGUAGGGAUGGGGGAUAGAUUGAUUACUAAUCGAUCGGUUUUCCGUCAGUGUUUACGGGUUACGAGCAACAGCACAGUCAGAUGUUUGGAACGAGAGCCUCACUGUUGCUGCGCUGGCCAGCAGCUUCCGACCCGUUCACAGCGAGUCAGCCGGCCCUUAAAGGGUUUCCUCCGAGCUCCUGAGGGCUCACGUGACGCGUUUUCCCGCCACGCAGGAAAUAAAUUCCAGGCGCAGAAACAGACCAGAGGCCGAAUCGUCAGCCAAGAGCGACAGCUGGAAAAUGCUAACAGCCAGAUUCUUCCGAGAGUCUGACGGGAGAAAGUGACGAACAAAACUGCACAGAUGUGGAUUCGGUUUUUCAGGUUUCCAUCGGGCCCGGGUCUUCGGAGCUCUGCAGGUUUCCGAUGGUCUGUUUGGAAAGCGGUCGUUCCUUUCGGACAGACGUCGUCAUUCACAAGAGAAGAAGACAAUUAAGGUGGUUUGGGAUUCGUUAGCAGGAGUUUUGAAAGCAGUGAAACGCGCUUUAAUAAAAUGUCGCGAUCAGCAGCCAAACCUGGUCCUGGUUUUACUCCUGAAGAGAGAUCCAUCCUGAUUGAUUUGUAGUCAGAUGUGUGAUGUUUUAUUGAUAGGUGAUAUCAUCAUGUCACUAGACGUUUGGAUUAUUGUGUUUCAGUGUUUGCUGCGAGUCUCACGGCGUCAGAUGUUGUGUGCCGAGCUGCUGUUCUACUGGAUCCGGCUCCGUGAGCGUCGCUGUACAUGUGAGUGAGUGAAAGAAUAUAAACACAGUUGUAAAGUGGUGAAUAUAAUAAUUACUUUCUUAUUCACCACUUUACAACUGUUAUCAAUUAUAAAACUGAUCACGUACGACACACGCGUCUGGUGUUGGUGAAGCACGACGAUCAGCUACAACUCAGAACCUACGACGCGGUCUACAGGUCUGCAGCUACGAGGAGAAGUUCAGCUUUAAAGUUCCAGAUUUAGGAACCCAGAGACGCCUUAAACAGGUGUGUGUGUGUGUGUGUGUGUGUGUGUG